AUGCACCAGUCUCUACGCGUUUCACAAGGCCUCCGUGCCGCUCACAGAGCCUUUCCUCGGCUCUCUGUCCCCGGGGGAGCUCCUCGUCUCUAUUCUCAGCUCAGUUGCCACCAUCGACCAUCGCUUCUGCGAAGCCUCCCAAGCCGCAGCAGAAUUGCCAUCCCCUCAAUCAACAUCCGCUACAAUUCUAGCUCGUCCGAUUCGUCCGGCUCGUCCGAUUCAUCCGACUCUUCCACAUCCAAUUCCGCUCCUCUUACCGAUCGCCAGUCCAACCCUAAAACAGACGCCGAGAACGCAGAGCAGAACCGAUUACGCCGGGAGCAAGAGCCCGCGUACCGACUCACAUUCACAUGCAGGCCGUGUGGAGAGCGUUCCUCGCAUCGUGUAUCAAAGCAUGGAUACCACCGUGGCACCACCCUGAUUCGCUGCCCGAGCUGUGAAAACCGCCAUGUUAUCAGCGAUCACCUCGGUAUCUUCUUCGAUCGGAAAAGGACGUUGGAAGAUCUACUGGAAGAACGUGGUCAGUCUAUUACGCGUGGAGAACUCCAGGGGGAUAUGGAGUUCUGGGAUGAUGGGACUGUGACUCGGAAAGAAUAUGACAAUGAUACGCACCAGGCGAGAAUUAUCUAA